AGAGAGAAGAGACGGAGAGGCUGUCGCUGCCGGAACGCGAAGGAGGGUGACGCGCGACAGCGCCUCGAGAGAGAAGAGCACCUCGGUCUUCCAGAAAGACGGGAGACUCGAAAAGGCGAGAGACGAAGAGGAGACAAACGACGAAACAACAGAGGGCGACGCUCCUGUGUCUGACGCGUUCAAGCGAGUGUAUCUUUGUGCUCGCUUUCCUUCUGCCUUCCAAGGUCGCGGUCUCCCCGCUCUCUCCACUCCCGGACGUCUGCACUCGCUUCAGCGCUCUCACCUCUUAGCAAAACGAUGGCGAACACCAACACCCUUCUUCUUCCAUCUUCCUCUUCUUCUUCUUCCUCUUCUUCUUCCUCUUCUUCUUCUUCCUCUUCUUCCUCUUCUUCCUCUUCUUCCUCUUCUUCUUCUGCUGUUUCUCCUCUGGAUUCAGUGGUCCUCGUGCCGGAAGAAGAAUCUUUUCUGGAUCCUGAACACUGCGUUGAUGCUGCUCUGGCGGUCCCAGCCAGCGAGGUCGACGACGACGCGUCAAUGGACGACGACGAUGCAUCGAUGGACGAAGACGAAGAAGGUGAGGACGCCGGAUUUCCUGACGCCCCUCCAGGCUGUCGCUGGGUGAUCGAAACACCGGAAGGCGAGUUCUUGGACCUCCCUUCUGCUUCUGCGUCUUCUCCGUUUCUCCUCGAUGAGGCCGCGCGCCGUCUGCAAGCCGUUUGCGAGGGCGCAGAGGACGCGAUCGUGUCCGGCUCUGUCUCUCCACUGCGACUGGGCGCAGACCGUCUCGUCGCUCUCGGCUCCUGCGACGACAAAUGUCGUCUCUACCUCGUUCCUUCUCUCUCGAGAAGCCUGUCGGGGGGUGCGUCUGCGUCUCCUGCUCUUCUCGCUCCCGUCGCCGUUCUUGACGAAGGCAAGGACACCGUCUCCGCCACUGCCUUCUCCCUCGACGGACGUCUGCUUGCCUGUGGAUGCUUCGAUGGAGAUGUUCGCAUCUACUCUAUCCCCUCUUCUUCUCCUUCUUCUUCUCCCUCUUCUCCUCCCUCUUCUUCCUCUUCUUCCUCUUCUUCCUCUUCUUCUUCUUCUGCUUCCUCUUCUUCUUCUGGUUCUUCUGGUUCUUCUGCUUCUUCUUCUUUUGCUUCCUCUUCUUCGGCGCUCGAGGCGUCAAUGCUCCAUCACUUGAAAGGCCCCACAGCGGAUGUGACGGCGCUCGCGUUUCAUCCGCGAGGCUACGCAGUCCUCGCCGUCUCUGCCGACCAGACCGCCUGGGUAUGGCUGCUCCCCACCAGCACCGAGAAACGCGGAUCGCGCGCUCCGGCGCCGGUGACUCUUUCGGUGUUUGUCGCGGGAGCCCCCUUGACUGCAUGCGCGUUCGGCGCAGAGGGCAAGACGUGUAUUGUGGGCGCGGCGGACGGAUCUGUGAACGUUUUCGAGGCGAAGACAGGCCGCGCUCUCUCCGCGUUUCUGCACCCUGCGUUCGAACCUCUCGCAAAGGCUCCUGGAGUCUGCGUCCGACGGCCGCAGACCGUCGGCUUCGGAGCCGGGAGGCAGGCGGGACGCGCGAAAAAAGAAGAAGAAGAAGCGGACAACGCGACGCCGCGCGGCGUUGCGACGCUCAGGGUGUUCGCGAGGCCGACGGCGGGGAGGAGUGCAGAGAAGGCGCAGGGCGACGGAGGUUUCGGUUCAGGCCUCGAGGGCCUCGUCUGUGUCGGAUUUGAAGACGGCUGGAUCUUCCUCUUCAACGAGAAGACAGGAAAAGCGGUGUUCGUCUCGGCCGCACACACCAGCUCCGUUGAAGCUGUCGAGUUUCUCCCGCCAGAGGCCGAGACACGGGAGACCGACCCAGAGGAGGCUCUCGCCGUCGCGUUCUUCGCGACGCGAUUGGAGCGCGGACUCGACGGCGAGAAACCUGAGACAAACGCGCGAGAGGCCAUCCUGACUGCCGCUGCGGUCCGCGCCGCUUGGCAGGGCCAACUGGCCCAGGGAUGUCUUCUCACGGCAGGUCUCGACGGAGACCUUCUCGUCUGGAACAUCGCGCAGCGGAACGUUCGCGCUGCCCUUUCUCUCUCUGCGCUCUCAGUUGCGUCCUUCGCUUCGCGCUCGUCCUCGUCCGUCUCGCCUCCUCUCUCGAAGCCGGCCCAGACCUACGAGCACGACGCGAGCGAAGACCCAGGGCGGCAGGAACGGACAGACGACCAGCUGUUUGGGAAGGACGAAGGGGUGACGCGACUCUGUCUGCAUCCGGGAGGACUCCCCAUCGUCGCUGCCGGAACGACCAACGGAAACGUUCUGCUCGUCGACCUGCGGCAGGGCGAGGCUGUGGGCGUCUGGGCGGCACACGAGACGGGAGCAGUCAUGGAGCUGCUGGCGCUCGAGCCGCAUGCAGCGAAAGGCGAGAGUGAGGACGCCUGCAGAGGCGCCGAAGGCCUGAGGCUGUGGCCAAUUCUCAGCGCCGGAGAAGACGGCCUCGGAAAACUCUGGGCGGUAGACGUCCUCGAAGGCGCGCGACCCGGUGCGAGUCGCGACGCUGCGUGAAGGCCGACAAAGUGAAGAAAAAGAGAAGAAGAGAAGAAAACGGAAGCGAUGGAGGGAUCGGCAUGCACAGCUGUGGAGGGCGAGACUGUCUUGGCGUCUGCCGAUGGCGCUCAGUUAACAUCACAGAGUGUGUGCGACGGUGCUGUGCUGGGAGAGAGAGAGAGGAUCGGCGGUGGAGACACCUCCUCUUUCCUCGUUCUAAGUUUUGCGAGCGGCUUGUCGCGUUUGUUUCAUCUCUUCGAGGGAUUGGACCCAGAACCUUGAGACAUGCGUGGAAACGAACGAAGGCAGUGUCGCGCGUUAGCAAAUUGUAUCACUUCUUCCACUCUGGAGUCUCCAAGUUCUCGGGGCGCUCUGAUGAGUGGGUAGUGCUGUGAUUCUUGCUCACCCAAGUUCUGCGUUUCGCCUCUCCAGGCCUGAAACGCGCGUUCUCCAAGAGGCGAUUUACUCGCAAGAGAGUCCGUGGAUCUGGACUGGCGAGAGACCCCAGAGAUGCGCGCAUAUGCUGUCGCGUUUCGUCUGCACGGGCCAUGCGGUGUGUGGAGGCGUUGCGGUCAGUUCCUUCGAGGCCGUUCUUUCGCGGCUCCGUCUCUUGGCUUCUCUGUUCCUUUGUGUUGUCGUGGUGAGAAAACUUCCGAUCUUGAUUUCAAAGAACACAGCGGCGUCUCUGUUGUCGAAGGCUUCCCUCCUACGGGGAAGACGGCGACGAAGUCACAUCAAUCCACGAAUAACACAAAGGAGUUCAACCACCAUAUAAUAAGUGCACUAUUCAAGGAUCUCCUCUCCUGUCUCGUCUCACCUUUUGCACCCCUCUGUGGUAUACGGCUCUGCAGCCCAGCGCUCUCUCGUUUCUGUUGUCUCUGUCUUUCUAGCCGACCCAGUGAGUCUGAAAGCCGACCAUCUCUCUAUCGUUCCUUUCUCUCGCUCCCGAUGUUUGCCGGUCUACCAAUAGUGACACUGCUCUAGGGCGCGUCUGUCUCUCUCGCUCGCACUGCGUAUCUCCCUAUCAAAGUCGACUUCUAUCACGUUCGACGUUUAGACGACGCUUGAUUCGAUCCAGGCACCGACUCAUGGUCUUGAGCAGCUUCAAAAUCGCGUUUUUGCGUUUGUGUUCUCUGUCGGUCGCG